GCCGCUGCCGGAACCAUGUCCCAGCCCGAGGCGGAGCGGGCGGGUGACGGCUCCGCACCGGAGCCGGAGCCGGAGCCGGGACCGGAGCUCCCCGGACGGGCCCCUCACCGCAGCCGACGGCCCUCGGGUCGCGACUCCCGACGCGCCUCCUUCCGCUUUAACCGGCGGAGCUCGGCCGAGCUGGAGCUUCUGGGGUACCCGGCGCCGGACGGAGUGCUCGGGGGGUCGCCGCCGCCGUCGGGCGUCGCCGGGCUCCGGGAGCCGGAGGAGACGGAGAGCGAGGAGGUGGAGACGCGGGCGGUCGCCACCUCUCCCGACGGCCGGUUCCUCAAGUUCGACAUCGAGAUCGGCCGCGGCUCCUUCAAGACCGUCUACAAGGGGCUGGACACGGAGACCACCGUGGAGGUGGCUUGGUGCGAGCUGCAGACGCGGAAGCUGUCGAAGACAGAGCGGCAGCGGUUCAGCGAGGAGGUGGAGAUGCUGAAGGGGCUGCAGCAUCCCAACAUCGUUCGCUUCUACGACUCCUGGAAGUCAACCAUCAAAGGGCAGAUCUGCAUUGUGCUGGUCACAGAGCUCAUGACAUCUGGCACCCUGAAAACGUACUUGAAGCGGUUUAAGGAGAUGAAGCUGAAGGUGCUGCAGCGCUGGAGCCGGCAGAUCCUCAAGGGGCUGCAUUUCCUGCACACCCGCUCCCCUCCCAUCAUCCACCGUGACCUCAAGUGUGACAACAUCUUCAUCACGGGCCCCACGGGUUCGGUCAAGAUUGGGGACCUGGGCCUGGCCACACUUAAGCGAGCCUCCUUUGCCAAGAGUGUCAUAGGCACCCCCGAGUUCAUGGCACCAGAGAUGUACGAGGAGAAGUAUGACGAGGCAGUGGACGUCUACGCCUUCGGGAUGUGCAUGCUGGAGAUGGCCACCUCAGAGUACCCCUAUUCCGAGUGCCAGAACGCUGCCCAGAUCUACCGCAAGGUCACCUCGGGCCUGAAACCCAGCAGCUUCUACAAGGUGAAGGUGCCAGAGCUGAAGGAGAUUAUUGAAGGCUGCAUCCGCAUGGACAAGAAUGAGAGGUACACCAUCCAGGACCUGCUGGAGCACUCCUUCUUCCAGGAGGACACGGGGGUGCAUGUGGAGCUGGCUGAGGAGGAUGAUGGUGUCAAGUCUGGGCUCAAGCUCUGGCUGCGCAUGGAUGACACGAAGAAGCUGCACGGCAAAUACAAGGACAACAACGCCAUCGAGUUCCUCUUUGAGCUCCACAAGGACGUAGCAGAGGAAGUGGCCCAGGAGAUGGUAGUCCUGGGCUUCAUCUGUGAGGCCGAUUACAAACUUGUGGCCAAGGCGGUGAGGGAUCGUGUGGCCGCCAUCAAGCGCAAGCGGGAGAAGCUGAAGCGUGUCCAGGACGUGCCAUCACCUGCAGAGCCAGAGCAGCCGCCGGGUGUCCUGCAGCUGCUGGAGGAGCUCAAGUCCCCACGGCCACCCGGUGCCCCCGCGCCUGCCCCAGCCAUCCCUGGCUCCAGGGACUCUGUCUUCAGCAGCACCUUCCCCCCGGAGCCUGAGGAGCCCGAGGCCGACCAGCACCAGCACUUUGCCUACCAGCACACCAGCUACUCCUCGGCCACCUCCGACUGUGAGACAGAUGGAUACCUGAGCUCCUCCGGCUUCCUGGACUCCCCAGACCUGGCCCACCGCAGUUUUGUGGCUGGGGACCCUGCCAGCCCUCCUCCCACCCGGCCCGUGCGCUGCUUCCCCACGAGCAUCGCGGUGCAGCUGCCCACAGACCGCUUGCCCCCCACCAGCGGCUUCUCCUCCCCGGUGGACAGCUACACCUCAGAUGUGGCAUCGGGCAUGAGCGAUGGCUACGAGGGGCUCUCGGCCAGCGAGCAGAGCACGAAGCUGCCGCCCAAGCGAACCUCGGGGAAGCUGCUGCGGCGCCGAGCCCGCUCCAGGCUGCGCAUAACCAACAUCUCCGACAAGAGUGACCGGGUGGUGGAGUGCCAGCUGCAGACCUACAACAACAAAAUGGUGACCUUCAAGUUUGACCUGGAUGGGGACAACCCGGAGGAAAUCGCAGCUGUCAUGGUCCACAACGAGUUCAUCCUCAAGUCAGAGCGGGAUGGCUUCAUCAACCGCAUCCGGGACAUCAUCCACCGCGUGGAGACCCUGCUCCGCAAGGACGGGCGCAGCGGCGCCGAGCUGCCCAGGAGCCCCGAGGCUGAGGGUGGCGUGGGCAGCCCUGUGGACCUGCAGCUGCAGGGGCUCUCACGCUCCAUCUCCUCCUCGUCCUCGCUCAGUGACCUGAGUUGCACCAGUCCCAGACUCUCUGUGCAGUCCCCCAUCCUGCCAUCACUGAGCCGCUCCCCAUCGGAGACUGACCUGGCCAGCCCUGCAGAGGCACCGGCAGCCCCGGCACCGCUGGAGGCCCCCGCAGGCUCCGUGCAGACCUGGCCACUCAUCUCAAUGGCUCCCUCCUGGCUCACGUCUUCACCGGUGUUCCCACAGACCCCCACAAGGACCCCAGAGGGGCCUGUCCCACCGGCCCUGCCCCAAGCACUCCUGUCCCCACAGCCUCUCCCCACGUCCCCUGUCUCCUCUGAGCUCAGCAGCCCCCUGAGCCCCCCUGUGACCAGCACAUCCUGGUCCCCCACCACCCCCCUCCUGACCCUGGCCAACGUCUUCUCCUUGGCAGUGAUGAGCGUGGCCCAAACGCUGCUGCCCACUGUCUCCCCUAUUGCCAGCUCGGGUGGGCACCUCUACCCUCCGCUGCUGCCACGGCCAGAGAGUCUUGUCCUGGGGGCCCCACGCUUUGUCUACCCCGACCCCACCAGCACAGUCAAGCCAGUCCCGGCUGGCAGUGGGAUCUUGGAGUCAGCAGGGGCUGAUGUCCCCACUGCCGGGGGGCCCAUAUCCUUCCCACCCCCAGCACCAGCCCCAAUGUGCCCCACAGACAGUGAGGCCGUGGGUAGUCCCCUGCCACCGCUGAGCUCGUCCACGCCAGGGAGCCCAGAGGGCAGCACGGUGCCACCCGGUGUCCCCAAGCCCAGCCAUUCACUCAUCGUGUCGGAGUUGCCGGACCCUGCCGUGCGCAUGGCCCAGCUCUCACCCAUCAACGAAGAAGCCAAGCCCCAGGUGCUGGGCCGGUUCCACGUGAUACCAACCAAGGACCUGCCUGCGCCCUCCCCUGUGCAAAAUGGGAGCAGCAGCGAGGGAGAGCAGCAAGUGGGGCCAGCGAGUGGCUCCCCGCCUCCCACGGUCCCCGACACGGGCCACAGCUCAAGCAACGACUCGGAUGCAGUGCUGGAGGCAGCGGAGCAGGAAGCCAAGGCUGAAGAGGCACUGGCCAAGGAGGGCACGAUGCCAGUGGCACCACUGGAGAGCGACCAGGAAGGCCCUGGGGAGGAGGGCACAGACAGCACCCCCCAGGCCGUGCUGAGCCAGGUGUGGCUGAGCUACCCCCGCAGCCUGUCCUACGUGAGCAGCGACGACACCGAGAGCGAGGACGAGGAGAUCUGGGAGGAGCUGCAGAACCUGCGCCAGAAGCACCUGGCCGAGGUGCAGCUGCUGCAGAGCGCCCAGAAGAAGGAGAUUGAGGAGCUGUACCUGAGGAUGGGGAAGCAGCCACCACUGGGCAUCGUCUCUCCUGCCGCGAUGCUGUCCAGCCGCCAGCGCCGCCUCUCCAAGGGCAGCUUCAACCCCUCCCGCCGCAACAGCCUGCAGCGCCUGGAGUUGGCACAGCCCGCAGGCAUCAUGCGCCGUAACUCGCUGAGUGGCAGCAGCACGGGCUCGCAGGAGCAGCGGCUCAGCAAGGGGGUGACCUUCGCCGACGACCUCGGCCGCAUGCUCAUGGCCACCUCUCUCCACAGUAGCCAGCUGGCCAGCAGUGACUUCAUGAACUACCUCAUCCAAGUGCCUGUGGCCCCAGGGCAGAGCCCCUGCACCCCAUGGAGGGCAGUGCCAGCCCCGGGCAACCCAGACCUGUGGUGGGGACCCUGCGGGCUCUGCAGGGGCAGUGCAGCUGGCCAGGGGCAAGUCUGUCCCACCUCCAACCCUGUGCUCCCGGGGCCCUCCCUGCUGUCCCCAGCCCCUUUGCUGGAGGACAUGUGCCAGGUGUCCCCACCUCUUGUGGCUUUACUGAGCUGAGCCCACCCCGGAGCCCCUGCUCGCCCCAGCCCUGCACCACACUGAUCUCCAUCCCCCUUCCCACACGGGCCUGAGCCCCCCGCCCACCCUACGGGGUGGGAUGAGCUCCCCAUGGCCCUGUCACAGGAUGGAGCUGGAGCACCAGGAGCCGCAGGAUCCAGGAGCACUUUGUUAAGAACUGGUGUGCAGAAGACAUUUUCAUAAACACGGAUUGAAUA